AUGGUUGUUCUUAUAGAUCAACUGCUGUUUCUUUUUCACUCUCACUAUCAUCUUGUUGCUGCAGGAGGAAAAGAGACACAGCAAGAGGCGUGGAAGUACAACGGUGCCCUGGACAGGUGGAUCCCCAUUGAGCCCCUGGUGACUGGGCGCUGGAGACACAAGAUGGUGGUUCAUGGGGGGAAGGUGUAUGCCCUGGGGGGGUUCGAUGGGACUCAGAGACUCACCAGCGUGGAAGCCUACGACACAUUUCACAACCGCUGGACACCGACCCCGCCCCUCCUGUUGGGCGUCAGCUCAUUCGCUGCAGCAAGCUUCAAUAAGUGGAUCUUUGCGAUCGGGGGAGGGCCCAACGGGAAUUUGGCCACUGAUAGGCUGCAGUGCUGGGAGCUAGGGACUGAGAGCUGGGGCCUGCGGUCGCCCAUGCCCAUCGAGGCUAAAUGUACUAAUGCUGUCACCUUCAGGGAACGCAUCUAUGUAGUUGGCGGUGCCAUGCAUGCUCUGUACUGCUACUCUCCCCAGUCAGACAGCUGGUCUAUGGUGACCCGGCUGGGCGAGAGGGCGAGCUGCGCCAUCGCAGCCUGUAACAACUAUUAAUCACUGGUGGCCGUGACGACAAGAACAAGGUCAUCUCCAUGGUGAUGUGCUGGGACCCAGUCACAACCACAAUGACAGAGGAAUGUGUGUUACCGCUUGGUGUCUCUCACCACGGAAGCGUCACACUCCACAAGUCCUACACACACAUACACAGGAUAGCACCUGCAACCGUGUCGGUGUGACAGAGAGCUGGGACUAUGUGUGUGAGAAUGA